UUCUUUAUUUGUGGUCGUGAACACUUGAAUAAAUAUAAACGGAGACAAUGUAAAGGAAUCAGAACAUUUGCGGUGGUAUAGUAAUAACAGUUUUGACCUCUCUGAUAAUGAAGCUUGUUGUGAGUGUAAUAGUUUUUGCUUUAUUUAAGCUUGCAAGAGCCCAAAAUGAAUGCACUUUUAACGUAACAAAUCCAGAAUAUGAACAAACUUUACCAGUACUUCUAUAUAACUUAUCGUCCACCUAUGAACUUGCUAUACCGAAUCAAGGAACUAUAGUACUUACCAGCGGUCAAAACAUCAGCCUCUUAUGUUCUGGAAAUAGAAACUACGUUAGGCAAACUAACUCUAAUGUGACCACUGUAACCUGCUUGGAAAACCAGGAUGUGAAAUUAUACAGGAAAGUGUAUAAGUUUCACGAUAUUAAGUGUAAACACGCCGUACGUGGGGAUGUUCGUAAAACCGAAGAAAAGUGUGGAAAUGGCCAAGGGGUUGUCUAUGAAAUUGGAUAUCCGGUAUCCAGGAGGGACUGGGUAACGCUUAUAACGGUUUGCCAUGUUCCUGAAAUAGGGCAUACGUUGUACACGAGGCAUUUGUUACAUGGAAAAGAAAUUAAAUACGCGUCCAAAUCCUCCUACAGACCGGGAUUCAGCACCGCAGGUCUAGAUUCCAGCAUUCCAGCGUCUGUAGCCUACAAACAAACCUUCCAGAAAGCCACCUUUAGCAGCAUACUAAAAUCAUCCGAGCUUUCCAAUCAUUUUGUCACUAACAAAUCCUACUUAUCCAGAGGACACUUGUCUCCGGACGCUGACUUUCUACAAGCCCCAACUCAGUUUUCUACUUACUAUUACCUGAACACUGCACCACAAUGGCAGAAUAUUAAUGCUGCUAGCUGGAACAGUAUUGAGUUCACCGUGAGAAAGUUAGCAGAGCUUUAUGGUGACUUGGAGGUGAUCACUGGUACUCACGAUGUUCUUACUUAUAAGGAUAAGGAGGGACAUGUGCAGGAAAUAUGCUUAGGUCCUGAGGGAAAACUGCCAGUGCCAAAGUACUUCUGGAAACUAGCCUAUGAAGAAAAAUCCAAUAGGGCCAUAGUGUUUAUCAUCUUGAACGACCCUUACGUACAAUCACUGGAGAAUGAGGUGUUUUGUAAUGACAUUUGCCAGAGUGAAGGUUUCACGAAGAAAUCCUGGAAAGACCUUCAUUCCGGAUACGUGUUUUGCUGCAGCUAUCCAGAUUUCUUAAGAGUCGUAAAGACUGCCCCAAGACUAACUGUGGAUGACGUACUGUCUAACCCCCAAUAAGAGAAAGUUAUAAAUAUUCAUGUUUUUAGGAAAUAAUAAUUACCCUUAUUUUGAUAUUAUGUUUGCCCUGGUUAGAAGUCACCCCGGGGAAAACUUGUUAAAAAGUUUUUCCCUGCCGUGACUUCUCGGCUGCUAAAUUCAUUUUUUUUUCCUCGUUUUUGUAUUCAAAUGAGAGGAUGCAUUAAACAUUUACACUGGCGCAGAGUGGAAGAUUAAAGUUU